AUGGGUAUUACUCGGAAGAGCCCGCGGACACCGCUCUCAGAUCUCCAGGGAGUCAAUACCAUCAACGAGAGGACCCAGCGUGAUGCCUAUGCGGUUGGCUGGAAUGGCCGGAUGGGGAUGCGGCACAGCAGGCUCACCAGCCCCGGCGCCUUCCUAGACAAAGAUGGGAUAUUUGUCAACGCAACCAACAGCAAACUGCUGGAGAGGGCCCACGGCAUCCUCAUGCGAAAUAAGAACUUCAAAGCCAAACCCAACCUCCCAAAGCACAUGCUAGACGUGAAGUCCCUCAAGCACCUAACAAACUUGACACUGCACGACCGCAUUACCAAAUCUCUUCUCCAUCUCCAUAAGAAGAAAAAACCGCCCAGCAUCAGUGCCCAGUUCCAGGCAUCGCUCAACAAGCUGAUGGAGACCCUUGGCCAAGCAGAACCUUAUUUUGUCAAGUGCAUUCGAUCCAACGCCGAAAAGCUGCCCCUGCGGUUCAACGACAGCCUGGUGCUCAGGCAGCUGCGGUACACGGGGAUGCUGGAGACCGUUCGCAUUCGCCAGUCGGGAUACAGCUGCAAAUACUCCUUCCAGGAUUUUGUGAACCAUUUCCAUGUCCUUCUACCGCAAGGAAUCAGCCCGUCUAAGCACAAUAUCCAUGACUUCUUCCAGAAAAUAAAACUCAAUCCAGACAAUUACCAAGUUGGAAGAACAAUGGUUUUCGUGAAGGAGCGGGAGCGGCAGCUUCUGCAGGACCUGCUCCAUCAGGAGGUGCUGCGCCGGAUCAUGCUGCUGCAGCGCUGGUUCCGCAGCGUGCUCUGCAGGAGGCAGUUCCUGAGCUUAAGGCAAGCCGCAGUCAUCAUACAGAGGUUUUGGCGUAGUUACCAGCUCCGAAAGCAAGGCGAACCAUCCCCAGACCCUCUCGUCCUCGGCAGAGCCGCCGUCGUUCUCCAGACCCACUGGCGUGGCUUCGUGGAGAGGCGGAGGUUCCUGCAGAUGCAGUUUGCGGCCCACCUCAUCCAGAGCUGCUGGCGGGACUAUGCCAAGCGGCGGCACGGCGCGGCCACCAGCAUCCAGGCAGCCUGGCGAGGACACCGUGCGAAGCAGUCGUACGCGGCCAGCAGGAGCAAAGUUGUCUGCUUGCAAGCGGCGUGCCGAGGAUAUUUAGCACGGCAAAGGUUUAGAGCUUUGAAAGAGCAGCGAUUAAAAGAGAUGCAGCUGGAGAACGGCCUGUCCAUUAGAGAAGGGGACGGACUGGGGGCAGAUGAUGCUUUGGAAAUUAAGGGCUCGGACCCAUCUAAGUGGGAGGACGGCUCAUUUGAAGAGCGAGUGAGAGCCAUAGAGGAACAUAAAUCACUGAUGGAGAAUAAUCGGGUGAAUCACGUGGACCCACUGGAAACUUCUGCAAAUUUGUUGUACAAAAGGCAUGAGAGAGCCAGUAGCCAGAGCGGGAUGGACACCGAAGAGGAGGUCGUUGUGAGAGAGAGACCCAAGUCGCUGGAGGAUCUCAACCAGAAAAAAGUGGUUCGUGCAAAAAGAGAAAGCCGGAGGAUGCGUGAACUGGAACAGGCAAAAUUUAGCUUGGAGCUGCUUAAAGUCCGGUCCACCGGUGGGCUGUCACCUUCAGAAGAGCGGCGGUGGUCCACUGAGCUUGUAUCUGAGGCACUUCAUUCCCCUCAGGGAACCCCGGAGAGCGAAAGCUCUCAAGGGAGCUUCGAGAUGUUAAGCUGUGAAGAUACCCCAAGUAAUAAACGCAUUUCCUUAGUUUUAGAUGAGCAAGAUGUGCAGUUGUUUCCCACUGACUCCUUGCCUGGCAGUCCCCAGGCUCAUCUGCAGGAGAAGUCUUUCUGUGCGGCGGAUGUGAACAGCAAUUUGCCUGGUUGCCGAAGGAUGCCUUCAGACUUGGAGCUACCCAAUAACCUCACCAUGAAGGAGCACGUGGUCUGCGACCCCCAGAAUGUUACAUACAAGGCGCACCCGAGAGAAACCUUCCUUGCCAGCAAUCUACCUACUUUCUACGUUCCACCACAAGACAACAUGAAGGUAAAGCUGGUGGAGAACAACCUGAGGAACAAAGCAGUGGAAAGAGAGGAGAGGACGGUUAUGUUCUCUGAGGUCAGGAAGGACUCUGAACCAGACCAGGGCAGAGGCUUGGGAGGGGAGGAAGAGGAGAAGUCCUCUACCAAGAGAGAGGAGCGUGGGACGACGCAGGCCCAUUCUCCAGACUCUGUCAUCAAGAGACUGGAAAAACUCAAUGUGGAGAAGGAAGAAAGGCAAAAGCAGCUUCAGCUGCAAAAUGAGAGGGAGAUGAUGGAGCAGAUCCGUCAGCAGAAGGAGAUUCUGGAGAGACAACGCAAAGCAUUCGAACAGCAAGGUAGGGUGGAGGCUUUGCAGAGGGCUGAGCAGAGCAGAAUGAAGGACCCCUCCCUCAAACCAUCAAAAAAACCAGACAGCCGGCCUCAGUCAGUCCUCAUCCUGCACCCGCAGACCAGAGGGGAGCACGGCCACACCACAGGUGUGACUACAGCCUCGUCGGUAGACAUUAAAGGUCUCACCGUUGGGACCAGGGGAAGCUCUCCAGCCCACGGUGCCCCCAAAGACAGACCUGUCAGCAUGUUCAUGGAGCGAAGAGAAGGUCACUCAGGAUCGGUGCUGGAAGCCCGGUGCCAUUCCAGACCGGCUCUGGACCCCAGGGACCUCCCGGGCAGCCACCUCUCAAGGACAGAGCGCCUCCGGCAGCCCCGAAUGCCCAAUCAGGCCACCGAGGAGACGAGGGCAGGCGCUAUGUUCUUCACGCCGAAAGACAAUCCCUUUGGCCUCCACAGGGAAGCAAGUCAUCAAGGCCUCUCCAAGGGUGAGCUGGCUAGGAAGCCGUUUAAGAUGCCGGGGUCUGGCAGAGGAGAGGUUCCCAGACCGACCCAUAAAAAGAAAGCCCGCAUGGCGCGGACGCGCUCCGAUUUCUUGACUAGAGGUACUUUUGCUGAUGGGGAGGGGGAUACGGAGGAAGAUGAUUACGAUGGCAAUUUUGAGUUCCUUCUCUCCUCUGACCAACCUCCUCAUCCCGAGGCGGUGCCUGCGGCCCGGCUGGGGCAGGCCUGUUACAGUGACUCCGAAAUGACGGUGCAGCGAUUCGCCUCUGGGGAAGGCCAAACGAAACUGCACAAAACCAUGUCUCAGGGGGAGAUCGGGAAGCUGGCGGCCACGCAGAAGAGCCUGGCUCCAGACGGGAGGCCUCAGCGAGCCAAGAUGAGGUUCUGGGUGAAGGGAAAGCAAGGGGAGAAGAAGACCCCACGGGAGAAGCUUGCUACUCAGUCUGAGCUGCUAGAGCUGUACGCAGAGCAAGAAGCCCCCGGCAGGGAGGUCAUUUCUGGCUUGCAGCUUGGUGACGAGUUGGGUCCUCACCACUUGACCCCCCCACGGAGUCCCGAGCUCUCUGGUAUCUACCGUCGGGAGUUUAAGGAGAACAAGGAGCCCUCUCCCAAAGUGAAACGCAAGCGCAGCGUCAAGAUCAGCAACGUGGCUCUGGAGCCUGUGCAGUGGCAGAACGACUCGCUGCAGAUCAUAACCAGCGCUAGCGACUUGAAGAGCAUGGAUGAGUUUCUCCUGAAAAAGAUGAAUGAACUGGAUAACGAGGACAGCAAGAAGGACACGCUGGUGGAUGUCGUGUUCAAGAAAGCACUGAAGGAAUUCCGACAAAACAUCUUCAGCUUUUACUCCUCAGCAUUGGCGAUGGAUGAUGGGAAAAGCAUCCGCUAUAAGGACCUCUACGCCUUAUUCGAGCAGAUUCUGGAGAAAACCAUGAGGCUUGAGCAGCGGGACUGGAGUGAGUCUCCAGUUAAAGUCUGGGUCAAUACCUUCAAAGUCUUCCUGGAUGAAUAUAUGAUAGAGUACAAACCCCUGGACUACACAGCGGUGAAGGUGCCAAAAACGGAACGAAAAAAGAGAAGAAAAAAGGAAGCGGAUGUGGUGGAAGAGCACAAUGGUCACAUUUUUAAGGCGACCCAGUACAGCAUCCCCACCUACUGUGAAUAUUGUUCCUCCCUGAUCUGGAUAAUGGACAGGGCUUCUGUUUGUAAAUUAUGUAAAUAUGCUUGUCACAAGAAGUGCUGUCUUAAAACCACGACCAAGUGCUCCAAAAAGUAUGACCCCGAGCUCUCGUCUCGACAGUUUGGCGUGGAGCUCUCCCGGUUGACCAGCGAGGAGCGAGCGGUGCCGGUGUUGGUGGAGAAGCUCAUCAACUACAUCGAAAUGCAUGGGCUGUACACAGAGGGCAUUUACAGAAAAUCAGGGUCCACCAACAAGAUCAAGGAACUGCGGCAAGGACUCGAUACAGACAUCGAUAAUGUGAAUUUAGAUGACUACAACAUCCAUGUCAUUGCCAGCGUCUUCAAGCAGUGGCUGCGAGAUCUACCCAACCCUCUCAUGACCUUCGAGCUCUAUGAGGAGUUUCUGCGGCCGAUGGGCCUCCAGGAGAGGAAGGAGACGGUGCGGGGAGUGUAUUCGGUCAUUGACCAGCUCUCCCGCACCCAUCUCAGCACCUUGGAGCGUCUCAUCUUCCAUCUGGUGAGAAUUGCCCUCCAAGAAGAAACCAAUCGAAUGUCAGCUAAUGCCUUGGCUAUCGUCUUUGCUCCCUGUAUCCUCCGCUGCCCCGAUACGACAGACCCGCUGCAGAGUGUUCAGGACAUCAGUAAAACGACCACUUGCGUAGAAUUAAUCGUCAUCGAGCAAAUGAACAAGUACAAGGCUCGUCUCAAGGACAUCAACAGCCUGGAGUUUGCGGAGAACAAAGCCAAGAGCCGCCUCUCCUUGAUCCGCAGAUCCAUGGGCAAAGGACGUGUGCGACGCGGUGCCUACCCCAGCCCAACGUCUCCCGUCGCUGUGCGUCUGCCUUCGGUAACGGAUGUCCCCGAGGAGACCAUGAGCAGUGAGGAAGCCAUGGAGAUGGAGGUGACAGAGCAGCAGCAAGCAGCCAUGCAGCAGGAGGAGAAGGUGCUGACCGAGCAGAUCGAGAGCCUGCAGAAGGAGAAGGAGGAGCUGACGUUCGAGAUGCUGACGCUGGAGCCCCGCGCCUCCGACGAUGAAACCCUUGAGUCUGAAGCCUCCAUCGGCACUGCCGACAGCUCUGAAAAUUUGAACUUCGACUCCGAAGGAGCCGUCUCCGAUCGCUCGGAGAGAAGCGUAGCACUUACCUCCCUGC